UUGGAGUUCAAGAUAAAGAACUUCACUGAUGUGUUAGGUGAGUGACAGUCAGGACUGACAGAUAUGUAAAUAUAACUUCAAAGUUUUUGUGCCAUACUGUCAGUAUGUAGCUUGUAGGUCUUUGUAAUUCCGGGAAUUGGUAUAUUUCACAAUAAGCCUGAAGUUGUUACAUUGUACAGGCUAAUCCGCCAGGAACUCAGCAGGCUACUCUGUAAACAACAUCAAGUUUAUCUAAGGAAUAAAAGAUUAUGAUUUAAAUUGAAUGGACUGGAUAUGGGAACGUGAUUCUUAUUGCUGCUAUGCCAAAGCAAGGAGGGAGGAGAGAUCUACAUAGCUAAAUAACUGCACAGAGAAAGGUAGGGACAUUCUGAACGAGGAAACUGUGGAAAAUGUAUCAUGGCAUCCUUACUGCAAGGUACGCUGUAUGAAGCCCAGUGUCCGGCUCCAGCCCCAAGCAAAGAUUUCCAUCACUUCAUCGUCACACAGAAAGAGGUGAUUCUUAGAUCAUGGAAGAUUUCUGUCCGGGCUGAGGAAAGAAAAGCGUUGCCAAAGGAAGUGAAGAAAACACACAGUGAGUUCUUGUUAGAAGAGGAGAUGCAAAAGCAGAUAAAAAAGAUCUUCGGCAAAGACACCGCAGACUACGUACUGAAUUUGUGCAGAGGGCACUGUGAUUUUCUCGUGAGAAUUCCAUAUAACCUCAAGAUACGGAUACUGUCUUUUCUUGAUGCCAAUGACAUCAAGCACCUGUCAGAUACGUGCAAAACUUUUCAGAAGCUGUGCAGUAGCGAUGAAUUCUGGGAAAAAAUAAAAUCAAAACCAGAAAAACAAAGCAGUGCUGUCCACAGAUCAGGAUUUUCAGUUUCGAUGAAGAAAUACAAUCAGAAAACAGAAGGUCCGCUUUGGAUGCAAAGAAGACGAAGCACUUUUUUUUAAUGGAAUAAAGCAAUUAUUCCAAACUGCAUCUACUUUGUCAUGGCAACUUCUUAGUUUC